AUGAAAACAGGAGGCACUGGCGCCGGUGCGGCAAAGCAGAUUGUGGAUUCGCUGCUUCAGCGGUUUCUUCCUCUCGCACGACGCCGUAUAGAAACUGCUCAAGCUCAGAAUAUGGUGAUUGAUAACUCGUGGAUGCUGGACUGGCAAUAUCUUCGACUAUCUGAUCCUUACUAUGAGCAGGUAUUGGAUUCUUUGGCUAUGAUUGCGCGCCAUACUCCCGUUCCUCUUCUUGAAGCUCUUCUUAAAUGGCGAGAUAGUGAAUCUCCAGGUGGUGCAAAUGUUGUGUCUACAUUCCAAAGAAAGUGGAGUGCAUAUUUUGUUCAGCAUGUAUCCGUUUCGUGGAAUGCUGCCCACAGGAGGGACUCACUGAUAAGAUGCCUUGUCUUUAUUGCAGAGAAACUGUGGUCUGGGCUUGAAAAUUUUGUUUUUGACUGGCUCAUUAAUGCUGAGAGGCUUGUUAGCCAGGUUGAAUAUCCCUCCUUGGUUGAUUCGCGGGGGCUUCUUCUGGAUUUAGUCUCUCAGCUCUUAGGUGCCUUAUCUCGUAUCAGGUUUAGUUCUGUAACUGAACGCUUUUUCAUGGAACUAAAUACACGUCGAAUUGACACUAGUGUUGCUCGAAGUGAAACACUCAGUAUCAUUAAUGGGAUGCGCUACCUGAAGCUUGGGGUUAAGACUGAGGGAGGACUGAAUGCAUCAGCUUCCUUUGUGGCGAAAGCAAAUCCUCUUAGCCGUUUUCCUCCUAAACGCAAAAGUGAGCUUCACCAUGCACUGUGUAAUAUGCUUUCAAACAUUCUGGCUCCACUAGCAGAUGGUGGAAAGGGUCAAUGGCCUCCAUCAGGUGUAGAAAAUGCAAUUACUUUGUGGUAUGAUGCUGUUGGGCGAAUAAGGGGGGGGCAGGCAAGGGAAGCUCUGGUUGAUUUAUUUUUUGAUGUCUUGCUGUCUUAUCAGGACAAGAACCACCGAUUCAUGGGCUUGGACUGUCUUCAUCGAGUUUUGAGGUUUUACUUGAGUGUUCAUGCAGCUAGCCAGGCCCCGAACCGUAUAUGGGACUACUUAGACAGUGUGACUUCUCAACUCUUAACAGUUCUGAAGAAAGGAAUGCUUACUCAGGAUGUCCAACAUGACAAACUUGUUGAAUUUUGUGUUACUAUUGCCGAACACAACCUUGAUUUUGCCAUAAACCACAUGAUAUUAGAAUUGCUGAAGCAAGAUAGUCCAAGUGAAGCGAAAGUGAUUGGUCUCCGUGCUUUGCUUGCCAUAGUUAUGUCACCUUCAAGCGAGCACAUUGGUUUGGAAAUAUUUAAAGGGCAUGAUAUUGGACACUACAUUCCAAAAGUGAAGGCUGCAAUUGAAUCAAUUUUGAGAUCUUGUAAUAGGAUCUACAGUCAGGCUCUUUUGACUUCCUCGAAGACGACAAUCGAUGCUGUAACCAAGGAAAAGUCUCAAGGACAUCUUUUCCGUUCAGUCCUGAAGUGUAUACCAUACCUGAUAGAGGAAGUUGGCCGAAUUGAUAGAAUUACUGAAAUAAUUCCUCAACAUGGCAUAAGCAUUGAUCCUGGUGUCCGUGAAGAAGCAGUGCAAGUAUUGAACCGGAUUGUUAGCUAUCUUCCCCAUCGUCGAUUUGCAGUUAUGAGAGGGAUGGCCAACUUUAUCCUUCGGCUUCCUGAUGAAUUCCCCCUUCUCAUUCAAACAUCAUUGGGGCGCCUGUUGGAUCUAAUGCGUUUUUGGAGAACUUGUUUGAACAAUGAUCUAGAAUUCCAGGCUGAUGAUGCAAAGCGUGGAGUGCAGCACAAUGAUGGAUUUAAGAAGUCUUCGUUCCAUCAAUCAGAAGUAAUAGAUUUUCGUGCAUCAGAGAUAGAUGCAGUUGGUUUGAUCUUUCUUAGUUCUGUGGACAGCCAGAUUAGGCAUACAGCAUUGGAGUUGUUGCGCUGUGUGCGUGCAUUAAGGAAUGACAUACGAGACCGUACAUUACGAGACCAUACCUUACGUGAGCAACUGGACCAUAAUUUAAGAAAUGAAGUGGAACCAAUAUUUGUAAUUGACGUCCUUGAAGAACAUGGGGAUGACAUUGUUCAGAGCUGUUAUUGGGAUACCGGGCGCCCAUUUGAUAUGAGACGGGAAUCUGAUGCAAUUCCUCCUGAAGUGACGCUUCAAUCUAUCAUAUUUGAGACUCCUGAUAAGAAUAGGUGGGCUCGGUGUCUUAGUGAACUUGUCAAAUAUGCUGCUGACCUGUGCCCAAGCUCUGUUCAGGAUGCAAAGUUGGAGGUUGUCCAACGCCUUGCUCAUAUUACUCCCGUUGAGUUAGGUGGGAAGGCUCAUCAGUCACAAGAUGCAGACAACAAACUGGAUCAGUGGCUCAUGUAUGCAAUGUUUGCCUGUUCGUGCCCACCAGAUAGUAGAGAAUCUGGUGUAUUAACAGCUACCAAAGAUCUCUACCAUCUUAUUUUCCCCUCUUUAAAAUCUGGAUCUGAAACAAACAUAGGGGAUAAGGGGAAAAAUGGGAGGUUAUUUGCAAUGAACAUGGGUAUGGCCUUCAUUCUAAUGGUUCACAUGCGAAGGCCAGAGCAUGUCACUGAUACAGGUCCAGGGGAGGACUUUGAGGGCGGGGAAGCCUUCUACUGUACUUCUACCUUUGUUGUUUUUGCAGAUUGCAUGAUACCUCCAUCUCUAGCCAUUAUCUUUCAGAAACCUAAUGAGAAGAUAACUCUUCUUGAUGAGAUGAACACUGAGGAGAUCUCACAAGUCACAAGGCAUUGUUACCCAAUAUUUGUGUUAGGUCUCUUGAGUCUUGAGCGUUAUAAGAAAUGGAUAAAACAUCAUGCAGCAACCAUGGCUCUUGGCCACUCCCAUCUGGAAGCUUGUGAGACAAUGUUUGCUGAGCUUUCAUCUUUUAUUGAUGAGAUAUCUUCGGAAACCGAGGGAAAACCUAAAUGGAAGUGCUGUCACCUUUUGGGUUUUCUAUCUGUUAAAGUUAACAUAGCUUCCCUUUGUGUGCUCCUCCGAGUAUCUUAUGUCCUCCAUUCUCCAUCUGAAGCUUUGGCCUUUUUUCCAACUAUUACUCAUCAAGAAUCAAAUAACAAUAUUGAGGCAACAAUGGAGAGUGAAGUGAAAGUUAGUUGUCCGGACGUUGAAUACAAUACUCGGAUGAAUAAAAGUGCAUAUGAUGCGAUUAGUGACAUGUUGAUAAAAGAAGAUAAUCAUUCAAUCGACCUAGAGGAUGAUGAUUUAGGAGAUAUGUGA